AUGGGACCUCUUCACUAGAGAAAAGAUACAAAACCCAAACUCAAACUAUAGUGCGCAUUAUUGAUCAUCUCUCUUUAAGAUUCUCUACCGUUCAACGCAACACUCUCAAUUCCAUCUACUCUUCGUUCCCAAUAUGACGGAGUGCAUGACGGACUUGGCUCAAGCUGCCGCAUGCCGAAACGGCACGACGGCGGCACACUUAAAAGUGAUUUCCAUCUUUAUGAUUUUUGUGACCAGCGUGACAGGCGUAUGUGCGCCUGUCACACUGGCACGAUACUUUCAGGGAAAGUCCCUCUACAACAUAGCCAUCUUGUUAAUCAAAUGCUUUGCUGCCGGCGUAAUUCUUGCAACCUCAUUGGUCCACGUGUUGCCAGACGCCUUUGCUGCACUCUCCGAUUGCCAGGUGGCAUCCCAGCAUCCCUGGAAGGACUUUCCCUUUGCUGGCCUGGUGACCCUUAUUGGGGUGCUAAUGGCCCUGCUGGUAGACACUGUUGCUAGCUCGCACAUGGAGCAUGCACACUACACGCCGGUGGAGACGCAGGAGAAGGAGGGUGGCGGCGGCGGCAGCACAUGGAGCAUUGAGCUUGUUGGUGGUGGUGCUGAAGUGCAGAGGGUUGAAGAGUUGAUGAGGUUGAAGCAGAGACUGGUGUCCCAAGUGUUGGAGAUUGGUAUAAUUUUUCACUCUGUUAUCAUAGGAGUGACUAUGGGGAUGUCUCAGAACGUUUGCACCAUUAGGCCACUCGUUGUUGCUUUGUCCUUUCAUCAGAUUUUCGAAGGCUUGGGUCUUGGUGGCUGCAUUGCUCAGGCUGGAUUUAGCUUUGGAACUACAGCGUACAUGUGCUUCAUGUUCUCUGUGACAACACCAAUGGGGAUAAUUCUGGGGAUGGUGUUAUUCUCAAUGACUGGUUAUGAUGAUACUAACCCUAAAGCUUUGAUAAUGGAAGGGUUACUAGGUUCAGUUUCAUCGGGCAUACUAAUUUACAUGGCUCUUGUUGACCUUAUAGCAGUUGAUUUCUUUCAUAACAAGCUUAUGAACUCUAAUUUGUACUUGAAAAAGGUGUCUUUUAUUGCAUUGACUCUUGGCUCUGCUUCAAUGUCAGUUCUAGCACUUUGGGCUUGAACACUGUCUUGUGUUCAAAUAACAUUGAGCAAGGAUAAAUACAAGAUUAGUAAAAAGAAAGUUGCUGGUGGUAAUUAUAGUUUA